UGCUGCAAAGAUCGUAUUUGCUGCCGAUAUGAUACAAGAAGUAAAUUUUGCUUUUCGUUCAGCCUUACAUUCCUUUAUUAAUAAAAAUUGAAAAGGUAUAUAUAAAUAUAUAAAUGAAAAAUAAAUUUUUUCUACAAUUUAGAUUAAUAUUAAUUCAAUGACAAAUAUUUUUGGAAAAAGUGAACAUCAUUUUAAAAACAAGUAUUGUAGGUUAGGUUGUCACGUUAAUCAACCGAAAUGGAUUCAUUGGAUGCCGUUCUAAUUGAACAAGCUUUAAAUUAUCAUGGUGAACAAUUACAAAAGGUUUGGGAGGAUAGACGAGGAAAGGAUGAAUUAUCAAUGCUUUUUGAUGAAAAAUUAAGUUUUGAAGUUUACGAGCAGAGGGAAAAAACACUUUGUGAAAAUGAUAAUGAAAAAAGGCAAAGGCUUCAAAAGUUUAUUGCAAAAAAAGCUGACGUUUUAUACAGUAAAUCAAAUUCGGAAAAUUCAACAGUGCCAAUCAGUCAGCAAAUUGAUCAUGAAGCGUAUGGAACAAUGCCAGGACUUGAUUCGUUCAUUAAAAUAGAUAAGUCUCAGCGUGUUCGUAAUUUUUUAGAGUCAUUGGUUAAUGGAGACGUCAUUUAUACUCAAGUAUUGGGAAAAAGUAGUAUGGGUUUUCUUUUAAAAGUUCUUUGCAAUUGCAGUGAUUGUCCAAGAGUUGUUCCUGAACUUACAAUCAAGGCUUUAAUGUUGAAUUCAUCUACGCUGCCAGCGGUUGAUAAAAAUGGUGUCACUCGAGAAUAUAUGGUCGAUGAUCUAGUCUGCGUUUGUGUAAGUGAAGUAAAUAUUGAAGCGGAACGAAUAAUUGCCUCUAUGAAUAUCACACCUCGUAAGGGUUUAAUUUCUCAUCCUCCAUUGGGUCUUAUCGAUGCCAAUGAUCUUCCCGAUAUUUAUAGGCGAAUCGCAGAAAGCAAUGAUGAAAUUUUUGAAUCCAUUUUGGAAAAUAGUCCUGGAUUCUGCAAUCCAAAUAACACGAAAUAUCUUUCUGAUUUGUUAUUAUUAGGGCAAGAUAAUCAUUCUCAUAUGAUUGGUCUUAGAGAAGGUUUUUCACUAGACGAAUAUGGUGUAAAACUAAGACAAAUACAAUCAAGUAAAUGGGCAUUUCGCUAUGUAACCGAUGGAAUUGAUCAUUUUCAAGAAGGAAAAAAUUCAGAAGCUUUCAAGUGCCUCAAUAAAGCCUUACUUAUUGAUCCUUUAAACGAAGAAGGAUUGGUAGCUCGUGGUUGUUUACAUACAACUAAUGGAAAUUUGAAUAAAGCAGUUGAGGAUUUUGAAAUGGCAAUAAAAUUAAAUCAAUCACACGUAAGUGCCCGUAAAUAUUUGGUUGAAACACUUGUCGCAUUGGGACGUAAUUAUGAGGAUGAAAAAGAAUUCGAUAAAGCACUAGAAGUUUUCAAUAAAUGUCUAACAAUUGAUCCGUGCCAUGAAAUAGCAAAAAAUGAAAUUGAAUAUUUAAAAUUGGGUGGCAUGAAUGAAGAAAAUGAGAAUUCAGUUCAUUUAUUAAACAAUAUGGAAAAUCAUGUUGAAUCUUCAAUUAUUAAAUUAGAUAAAAAGAAGCAAAAACGAAGGAAAUUAAUGAGAAAAAAAAGAAAAAGAUGCAGUUCAACAUCGAGUUCAUCGUCAAGUGAUUCAUCGCAAUCAGAAUCAAGUACAUCAUCAUCUUCCAGUGAAUCUCGUUCUUCCUCAAGUUCAUCUUCACAUAGAAAAUCACUUGAUUCAAAAACGCGUGCUUCCCUAUCGCCAUUGAGUAAACGAAUGUCCAUGUAUAAUAUUUUACCAGAAAUAAAUAAUGAUUUAUUGGAUUUAGAAUGUCCAAGGGAUAAUAUAGGUUCAGAUGAUGAUACUAAAGAUUAUGAAUUAAAAGUUCGUAAAUUUUUAGACAAGUCAAAAGAUGAUUCUGAUUAUGAAGACAAAGUGAGAAUAUUUUUUAAGACAGCGGCAAGAUGGAAAAUGGAAAGAGAAGAGGAGAAGAAGCAAAAUAAUGAGAAAAUUAAAAGAAAAGGAAGAAAGAGUAAAAAAGACAGAGCCAAAGACGAAAGAAGGGAGAAACUUUUUAGGAAAGAAGAACGUAAAAAAUAUAAAUCUCGUAAAAGAAGAUUGGAAAAUAAUGGAAUGUCUCCUUUACAAGAUUUGCAGAAAGUAAAUAUAAGUCAUGAUUUUGCAAAUCAAGAGGAAGAAUCUCAAUUAUUUUAUCACGAUUCUAGAAUUUCUCCCCAAAGUACCUCAACAUCGAGUGAAAAAUUCAAAAAUGCCAAACUAGCAAGACACAAAAAUGAAAUUAACAAAGUUUGGGAUGAUUUUUCAAUUGACUCAAACAUUGGUGGUGGUAAGCACAAAAAUAAUCAAUAUGAAAGUGAAUUAAAUAAUUCUUCAAAUGCACAAAAACAAAUGCGUAAUCAUCAAUCACAAUCUCCAUUAAGGGAAAAAAUUGUGCCUAAACAAAAAAUUUACGAUAAUAAAAGUAAUUCAAAAUCAAUUGAUUCACCGCAAAAUAAUUUCACGGAAAACAAUCAAUCACCAGAAAUAAUUCUUCAAAGAAGAAUAAGUGAAGAGAGAUAUUUUAAACGUCUCAGAAGUCAAUCGUGCAAUUCAUCAAGUUCAAGUUCAUCACGAUUUCGUUUAGCAAGACGUUCAAGAUCAAGAUCAUUUUCAUUGAGAUCAAGAAAAUCGGCAAGUUUUGAAAGAAAAUAUAGUCGUUCAAUAUCACGUUCAUAUAGUCGUUCACCGCCUAAAUAUCGUUCGAAAUCAUUUUCACGAAGUCGUAGUCAAAGUGAAGAGAGAAAAUAUCGUUAUAAACAACAACCAACAUCUUAUCCAUCGUCAUCAAGAGGUUUUAAUAAUCGUGGUGGUCGUUAUAAUUCACGAUAUCAAGGGCACAAUUCAAAUUAUCGUGGCAGUUUUCAAAAUGGUAAUCGUUUUCACAAUGGUCAGGAUAAUCGUUUUAAUAAUAAUAAUAAUAAUAAUAACAACAAUAGAAGAGGAAUGCAAUAUAAUAAAUAUAAUCCAAAUUAUCGUGGUCGUGGUCAAAAUCGUGGACGAUUUUUUCACAAUAAUCGACAACAAAAUUAUAGAAAACAUUUUCCACAAGAUGGACGACAAUCAUUUUCACAAGAAAAAGAAUUUUAUCCACAGGAAAGAAAUUCAUAUUCUCAGGAUUCGUUUGCACAAAAAAAGCAUUUUUAUUCACAAGAUAUGCCGCCAAAUUCGAGAAAAUUUAAUCAAACAUUCAAUAGUGGAGAAGAAAAUCAAGAAGGAGGAUUUUAGUUUUAAAAAGAAAAAGGAGGUAGUUUUUUUUUUUUUGUUCUUUAUUGAGUUUUCUAUUAAGAACAAAAAGAGAUGUGUAUUUUUUACAAGAUAGCUUGUAUUUUUCUGAAUGAUAUAUAUAUGUAUAUGCAUAUAUAUAUAUAAUUUUUUUUUUUUUUUUUUUGUUAUCAGGACUGUAUUUAAUUGUUUUUUUUCGAAUUAGAUUUUAAGUUUGUGAAUUUUUUUUUUGUCGUUAAUUUUUUUAGGUAUACAUAUAUUUUUCUAAUAAUUAAGAUAUUUAUAGUUAAUAUUUGUCGAAUUGGAGAAUAAUAACACAUUGUUUCUUUAACUCUUUUUUUGGGUUGAGGGGGAAGUUUGUGUUAAAAAUUAUCUUUUAAUUCAUAAAAGGAAAAAAAAAAAAAAAAAUUUUGCGUUGAAAAAAAGAGGUAUUUGUAUAAUUCGGAAUCUUUCAAAUAAAAGAGUCUAAAUAAAGUGUUUAUAUCAA